GACUCUCUUGAUGAACAGGCAGAAGUUGGGGCUCCCCGCUCGCUCCUCCCAUGCGUGAUGGGGCUGGAGGCAGCUCUAACCCCUCCCCAGGAGGGAGCUGGGCAGAGGCAGCCGAGCCCUGCAGCAGCACUCAGGGACCUCUUCCCACCAAACCCCGUCCCUUCUGCUCCCAGUAGGUGCCCACAGCCGGGAUCUCAGUGCCCGGCUUUGCUGAACCCCUACGGACACUCUCCUUGUCCACCUUGCCCCACCAAGGGAUCGACAUGGUGGCCACCUGCCUGCACCUGGCCGGAGUUGUUUGCAGUUUUAUCGGGUGGAUCGGGGUGAUUGUGGCCACGUCCACCAAUGACUGGGUGGUGACUUGCGGCUACACCAUCACCACCUGCAGGAAAAUGGAUGAGCUGGGAUCCAAGGGGCUGUGGGCAGACUGUGUGAUGGCGACAGGUCUCUAUCAUUGCAAGCCCCUCGUGGACAUCCUCAUACUGCCAGGGUAUGUCCAAGCCUGUCGAGCACUGAUGAUCGCCGCCUCUGUCCUGGGUCUGCCUGCCAUCUUCUUGCUGAUCACGGUCUUGCCCUGCAUCCGGAUGGGCCACGAGCCUGGAGCAGCCAAGUACCGGCGCUCCCAGCUGGGAGGGAUCCUCAUCAUCCUCCUGGCCAUGUGUGGUGUCGUUGCAACUAUCUGGUUUCCCGUGUGUGCCCACCGCGAGACCACCAUCAUGAGCUUCGGCUACUCCCUGUACACGGGCUGGAUCGGCUCUGCCCUCUGCCUCUUCGGUGGCUCUGUCAUCGUCUGCUGCUCAGGAGAUGCCCAGACAUUCGGUGAAAACCGUUUCUACUACGCCUCGGGAUCCAGCUCCCCAACCCACGCGAAGAGUGCUCAUGUGUAAGCGUCCUGGGGAUGUCCCACGGCUGCCAUCAGAUGCUUUGGCUGUUGGGUUUGUGUGCCCUGGGUUUGCUCCUACUGACACUCACCACUGUCAGGCUCCCAGGGGGAGAUUUAGAAAAGCGGCACAAAAUGUUUGGUAGUUUGAAGUGUUACUGUCCCCGUCUGUUCCCCUCUUCUCUAGAGAGAAAGCUCCAGACAGCUCUUCCUCUGGGUCCUCCCCAUCUUGUCCUGGUCACCUGCCCCAUCUUCUUGGAGCAAGGAUGACUCAGAUGGUUUGGGGCUGUCAUGUGGGGUUUAGGGGCUUUAUUUUAUUUUCUAGCUCCCCUGAUUAUAGGAGAGUUUAAAGCAAUAAAGCAGAGAUGAGAGAGACACUUUCCCGUUGUUAGAAGGACUCUGGCAGCUUCUCCUACCCCGUCACCACUUGCUUGUUCAAGGUCACAGCUCUGGCAUGGUUGGGGCGAGAGGGUAGGGAGGAAGGCUCUGCUCUGCAACCGGGAAAAUGUUUCUCCUUUGGAACAACUGUAGGGGAAUUUUUCUGCCUGUCUCUGUAAAUACUUUUGUAAGAGUUUGAUCAUUUUAGUAACAGUAUUUCCCAUACCCCCACAGUCAUCAGUAUGAAGGAAGCAGAACCUGAAGGUCCUAAUUACAUGGUAGAUAACAGUGCCUUUUUACGUCGUUUUAAAUGACUUUGAGGGCUCUAAUCCCCACACUCUGGUUUGGUUUCUUGUUUGUUUGUUUUGUUUUGUUUUGUUUUGUUUUGUUUCCUUUGUACAGAUCAGUUACUAAAAAUGUAUUUUUACAUUUUUUUUAAACUCCUUGCUUUCUUCCUCUAAAUUUGUGUUCUGUCUUGCAUCAUUAAAGUAGCACAUUUUAACACGGAGUAUAAUGUACCUGUUACAAUUCUGGUGAAUACUGAUGAUGCCUUUGUACUUUCAGUGAAAUACUGUACAAUAAAUAACAGAGUACCUGCAA